CUUCAAUUGUUUUCCGAUCCGUUUUCCCCAUCGAGAUUUCUCUGCGCUCUGUUUUUCGUACCCGGACGUGACGUUAGGAUUUCUUAUCAAUUUGACGUGGCUUGAUCUUCGGAUUUGUGUUGAUCGGGCAACGUUUCGUUUUGAGGGGUUAAGUGAGGUCUUCUCUGUAGCUGUGUCGUUGUAGAUGGAAGUGUUUGGUCCUCAUAACACAUCAUCUUGUCUAUAUAUAGCAAGCAGCGGCUGUUCUUCAACAGACCCUGACCAUCUAGCUCAGAAAAACUCGAAAGAUCUUUCUAUGAAUGACCUCAAAACAUGCCUGACAGAGUUUUUUAGUGUUGAAGAUAUUGGAUCAUCAACUAAUGAACUCAACCUAUCUCCUGGGAAGGAUUAUGUAGUAAAUGUGGUGAAAGAAUGUGAAUGCCAAGGCUUAGAAAGGAUUCACACAGAUCAUUCAGCAUCUGAGAAAUGCUUAAGCAAGUGUGCCAGUGGGCCCAAGCCCUCUGUAGAUGCAAUCAUUGGUGAGAAAGAAGAGCAAGAGGGAGAUAUCAGGGCUGAAGUAUCUGAAGUAAAUGACUUUAAUAAUCCCUCUAAUAAGUGCUAUCCACAAUCCAAAUCACUGCCUCUUCCCUUGAAGCUUGUAUCUGCCAUGAAAGGUACCCGUGAAAAGCAGGGAAUGCCACCUAAACGUCUCUCAGUAACCUGGGCUCCUGAAGUAUACGACCCAGUCCCAACAUCUGUGUCACAUCUUCCAUCAAAUAAGAAUCUAAACUAUCGCAGCAAUAGCAAGAAGUAUGGGAAGUACAAGCAGAAGAGUGGUUCCAAGUCUUCAAGAGGCAGCAAGAGUAAGGAUAAGAAGCAGGUUCGGAAAAGUGGUGGUGGGUCUACUAAGCUCAGGCCCUUCUUUGAGACCUAUGGAGACAGUAUUGGCGAACCACAUGUAGAUUUCGAUGUUAGCACCCCAGAUCCAUUUUGUGGGAGUAGCUUCCUGAAGCAAUCUGUCAGUAUGCACUUUCCGGUUGCUGAGGCUACGUGAAAGAGUCAUGGAUGGUGUAUAUAAAUAAGUAGAGACUGAGAUCUUGUUUGAUCCAUGAUCGUUGCAAGAUGCAUGAGAGAUGAUUGAUAUAACCAUGGUUGUGAGUGCUUUUUGUGGUUGAUUUUGACCUUUCCUUUCUGUGAACCUUUGUUUUUUGGUGAUUUAUUUCGUUGUUGGAGUUUUCAA